UCGAGUUGAGUGUGUCGCGAGGUACCGCGGUCCCUUUUUCCCCUGGUGUUGCUCACGGAUUUUUUGGACAGCCGGUGCUCCACACCCGUGUGUGUACACGUUGGAUCGAUUUAGGUCCACACCAAGGACCGAGGACGAUUCAUGAACGCGGCGACGGGUUCGCCGGAUUCGCCGCUGCAAUCUCGAUAUAACGACAUUUCCGGAAGGCGAAUCGACGUCCGCUCGCGGAAUUUUUGGCACUGACGGCACGCCGUUCAAAAGAACGUAUCUUCUGUAAUAAUAUAUAUAUUUAAAUAUGACAGAAGAACAUCAGUUGCCUUCUGAUUCGGAUGAAGAUGAUGAAGAUUAUAUUCCUGAUGGUGCUGACAGUGAUCCAGUGUCUGAAGUUGAAUCUGAAGGUGAUAUUGAAAGUGGUCCAGAGGAUGAAAAUGAUGAAAACAAAAGAGAAACUGGGAAGAAAGGUACAAAGAGAUCUAAGGGUCGGAAGAAUAAAAAAACAAAGCGCAGAAGAACUUUAGAAAAGUCUAAAGUAUCAGAAGAAGAAAGUAAAGAGGAAGAAGAAUGUAAAGAGAAAAAAGAGCUCACUGAAGAAGAGGAAAAAAAGAGAGCAGAUUCUCUUUGGGCUGAUUUUAUGAAAGACACAGCUGUCAUAUCGAAAUCAAAGCCACAGAAUUCAAUCAACAGAUCGAACGAAAAAUCGUCACCGAUUCAGAAGCCCAAGGUUCAAGAAAAAGUUAAGAUAACUAAAGUUUUUGAAUUUGCUGGUGAAGAAGUAAAGGUCGAGAAGGAAGUAUCAAUUGAUUCAGCGGAGGCCCGAUUAUCUCUUUCCACAGACGAAAAUUCUGCUGCGAAGGCACCAGAAUCCACAUCUCCCACGGUCAAAGAACGCGGACGAGGUGACAUCAAGCGCGUUGGUUUAGGCGGCAUCUCUUCGGUUUUGGGACAAAUUGGAAAAAAGGCGAAAAUUAGUACGUUAGAAAAGUCUAAAUUAGAUUGGGACAACUUCAAGAAACAAGAAAACAUUGAGGAAGAGCUUAAUACUCAUAAUAAAGGCAAGGACGGAUAUUUAGAACGGCAAGAUUUUCUACAAAGAGCGGAUCUACGGCAAUUUGAAAUCGAAAAACAGUUACGAAAUACUAGUAGACGUAGUACGCGGUAAAUUCGCAUUUCUUCGUUAUAUACGUCUCUUCGAAAUGGGACAUUGAGAUAAUAAUAAUCGUGGUAGAAGACAUUUACUCGCCAACUUGCCAAACUCAAACGCUUGUACACGUUUAGCCUAAUUCAUUCGAGUUUCGCGCUACAUUUUGAGUAAUAAUACGCAAAAGGAGUAUUGCCUCCUUUGACUCGAUAACGUGCUGACUACAAUAGCGAUCGGUGAUUUCUUUAAGGGACCGAUCAUUCCAGUGUUUUGAGACUCAUUUCUCGCGUACGUAAUAUAAUAGCUUAAGUUACUUUCUCAGCGAGCCUUCGUCUCGGCCUGAUAAUUGCACAGAACUUCGCAUCGAAGCAGAUUGUUUGAAGCUUUUGACGCUUCUUAAAAAGAUUGUGCCCAUGUAGAAUAUAUCCACAAAAUAUUUUUUUAUUUUAUUUCAGUGGAACACGAUACGUUUGCGUGUGUAGUAUGAAUAUACGCGACAUUCUAAUAAUAAUAAUUAUUAGUCUAACGUUACGAGUGAGUAUGAAGGAAUAUGUGUUUUAGGCAAUAUAACAAAAUGAUAACAUUAAUUGACCUCAUUCAUGACCACUGCCUCUGGCAAUUGUAUGUGGAAUAUUUAUAAAUGGACCUCUUAUAAUAGAUAGUGUAUAGAUUAUGUUGAAACAGUUGCGGCGAAUUUUGUAUAUCAUCUUUGUCUUAAAAUUGUUAUAUAGAAAGAUAGUUCAUCACAUAAAACACAGACAUUGUUACUUUUAUGUAAUGUAUACCAGACGACAAUAGGCCUAUCCUUUUUCCAUAUCCCUGGAUUACAUUUCUCACAUGGUUCAUCUUUUUCUUUUCGUAUUAGAGAAAAAAAAAUAAAAAAUAUGAAUAGUGAAAGAAGUUCAAUUCCGAGGUAUAGAAAAAGAACAAGCCUAAAACAAUAUAUCGAAACAUUACACACAUACACUCAAUUUACCCAAUUUACAAUUCUCAAUUCAGCUCAGGUUACAAUUUCUCGAAUUUACAUUUUAAUGUAUCCUCUAAAUACAUUUUAAUGUAAUUCC